AUGACAGCCUCUACGGAAGAUAUCAUACCCUUCUCGGUGGAAGGGAAGACGGCCAUCGUCACGGGCGCUGGCUCGGGGAUCAAUCUAUCAUUCGCAUCCCUUCUGCUAUCCAGGAAUUGCAAUGUUGUGGUAGCCGACAUCGCUCUGCGACCGGAAGCAGAGCAACUCAUCGCCAAGUAUGAGGCCGCCGACUCCUCCCCGCGAGCAGUUUUCAUUCGUACAGACGUCACCUCUUGGGCCGACUUGAAACGCAUGUUCGACUUGACCUUGUCCUUAUUUGAAGAGUUUCAUAUCCUCUGCCCUGGUGCGGGUGUCUACGAGCCCCCGUGGUCGAAUUUCUGGCAGCCACCCGGAUCCGCAGUAAGCAAAGAUAAAGAGGACAGCGACCGAUACGCGCUCCUGGACAUCAACGUCACGCAUCCCAUCCGAACUACCCAACUGGCCUUGUCGCACUGGCUGCAUCCCACAAGCCCCAACGUAGCUCCCGUCUCCCCGCAGAAUCCCCGACGCGUUAUUCACAUCUCCUCCGUGGCAGGUCAACUGCCAAACGUUGUGUGUCCCAUGUAUGGCGCUUCAAAGGCCGCCAUUACCGGCUUUGUGCGGUGUUUGGCCCCCCUCGAGCAGGCAAUCGGCGUUCGUGUGAAUGCAGUGGCCCCCGGUCUUAUACGUACCCCACUGUGGGUCGAGAACCAGGAAAAAAUGAUGCUUAUCGACGAGGAGAAAGACGGAUGGGCAACGCCUGAAGAAGUCGCAUCCGCCAUGCUAAGAUGUGUGGAAGAUAACGAUGUUGGGGGAGGAACGAUUUUAGAAGUUGUUCGCAACUCAACGCGACGCGUUGAGAUUCUGAAUGACCCAGGUCCUGCUAGGGUGGCUGGAGAUGCCUCCAUUCCGAGCAAGAACCAACAGGGGGUGGACCAACUCCUCGAAUCCCUGAAGCAAAAGGAUAUUUGGGCUCCGCAACGGCGGUCGACGUAGUGUGCAUGUUGCUAUCUUCGCCUUAAUCGAGUAUACAUACAUAUGUAGGGAGGCAUAAGAAAUUGUGGAGCCAUUAAGUGAAAACGCCCCCAGUUGGAAAUAAUUAUGGGUUAUUAUGACGAUACGAUAGUUAGAAUCUAUCACCAAAUUUCUUGCCCUGGAUGCCAUGAUGUCUGUGAAAUAUCUACUUAACAUGCUCUGUCAUAUUAUCCAAG